CACAACAAAAUUCUAGAGAAAAUGAAGUGCAUUAUUUUACUUGGCGUGUGUUUAACACUCACAGCGCUCGCAAUUGACGCUGCCAACACUGCAGCUACUUCGAAGCCUUUCGUACGCAGCCGUUACAGCAAACGUUGGCGCAUCGUACUAACCACCGAGUCAAAUAUUAACAAUAGCACCUCCGUCACUGAGCUACCGAAUGCGAUUGGAGUUGGUAUGUCGCUCGAGGAAACUACUAUAGUGAACAAAAUAGAAAGCAAAGGCGAUACAACGACUGCCGGACGUGUUACUUUGCUGCCGAGUGUCGGGUCUGUUGUUUUAAAGAGUACUCAAAUGCCUGGGAAAGGGUCCCAUAGCACCACUACCGAACAUCCAAAGCAGCCUGGUUCAAACGGUUUACCGCUGGACUACGAUUACUAUGGAAAUGGUGGCGAAAAUGAAGAGGAAGCAGCACAUAAAUAAAAGUUUGCAACCA